AUGGCGUCCCCAAUUGCCCCCGUGGAGGCCAAGGAUGGGCAUGCCAUUGAACCGCGGGCAUCGGCCGCCGAAUACAUCGAGCCCAAGAGCGAUACCGUGGCCGCGGACCGCCAAGCUGAGCAUGACCUCACCAUGAAGCAGGUUUUCACCCGCCAUCCAGCGCUCGCAUUCUGGUCUUUCUACUGGGCCAUGGCCGGAGUCGGCUGGGGAUUUGAUGCCCAGAUCAAUGGUGCCAUGAUUUCCGUCGAGUCGUUCCGCCGUGACUUUGGAUAUGUCGAGGACGGCGUGGCCAUCUUGCCGGCUGACUGGCAGUCAGCCUUCAACAUCAUCAGCUCCGUUGGUCAAUUCUUCGGAGGCUUCGUCUGCUCCUGGGUCUGCGACAAGGUCGGCCGAAAGAACUCGCUUGCCAUUGGUCUUGUCAUCAUCACGGGAGGCAUCUUCGGCGAAAUGUUCUCGACCACAAGGGCCGCCUUUCUCGUCGCAAAGCUGAUCCUGGGUUUCGGCUUGGGCUUCUAUCUCACCUUGGCCCCCUUGGCAACGUCCGAGAUUGCACCUGUCGUCCUGCGCGGUCUGUCUACCAGCGGUGUUAACCUGGGAAUCGCCGUGGGCCAGCUCAUUUCCAACGGCGUCGUCAAAGGCUUCGGGGAGCGGACGGACCGCUGGGCGUACCGGGGACCUUUUGCCACCCAGCUCUUCUUCAUUUUCUUCCUUGCCGCCGGACUGCCCUUCGUGCCGGAGACGCCUUGGUACCUUGCUCGCAAGGGUAAGCGAGAGGAGGCCAAGCAAUCCAUCGUCAAGCUGUACGGCGCUGGCGUCGACGCGGAGGCCAAACUGGCCAGUCUGGAGGAGACGAUUGCCGAAGAAGAUUCCAGCCGAGCCGAAGAAGCGUCGUGGGCUCAGUGUUUCAAGGGCGUUGAUCUGACCCGAACCAUGAUCAGCAUCGGUGUUUUCGUAUGCCAGCACUUCGUCGGUAUUAUUUUCGUCCUUGGCUACUCGACCUACUUCUUCCAGCUUGCCGGUCUGGCCGACUCUCGCAGCUUCGACCUGGGCGUCGGCGUAACGGCCUGCGGCGUGGCUGGUAACAUUUCCAGUUGGUUCGUCGUCAACUCAUUCGGUCGUCGCAAGAUCUUCAUUGGUGGCAUGGUGGCUCUUACGACCCUCCUGUUCCUCAUCGGCAUCAUGGACGUAGUUCCCAGCGGCGCCGCAAAGUGGGUGCAGUCCGCAUGCACCGUCAUCUACGCCUUCGUCUACUUCGCCAGCGUGGGCGCCAUGGCAUUUGCCAUCCUUGGCGAGGCCAGCAGCACUGCUCUCAAGGCCAAGACCAUGGCUCUGGCCACUGCUACCCAAGCCGUCAUGGGAAUCAUCAUGAGCUUUGCCAUUCCGUACAUGGUGAAUCCCGAUGAGGGCAACCUGAAGGGCAAGGUCGGAUUUGUCUUUGGUGGACUCUCUCUGUUUGCGUUGACCUGGAGUUGGUUCUACGUUCCGGAACUCAAGGGCCGACGAUACGAUGAGAUUGAUCGGUUGUUCCAACUGAAGAUUUCCCCCCGAAGGAUGGGCACAUAUCAGCUGUAG